UCGCAUUCCCAUUCAUAGUUUACGUCUCCGACACCGAGCCGACCUGGGAUCAGUUGAAAGUAGGGACUAGGACGAGUUUAGGCUUUUUUCAUGACGGUCCAGGCACAGACAACUCAGAUAAAGGAUCUGCAGGCUCCAUAGCCCAUGGAGUGUUUGUUAGAAAUAAUGUAUCUUAACUCCGAGAAAUGGUUCCUGCUUGACAGAGAUCAGUAUCAAUGGAAGAGGCCGAGCACAAGCAGACAGCAACCGAUGCAACAGAAGGUUGCCAGUUCAAAGAAAAAGCUGGUCAGCGAAAGGAGCAUUUUCUCAAACCCUUCCCUCUUCACCCGAGGCAGUCAAGGAGGAGCCAUUGCAAGUCAGCUAAGUGAGUUGUCUUCGUACCAGUCUUCCUGUGGAGGAGUGACCCCUGAGAGAAUCCUCACCUGCUGGUCUGAGACUCAGAGCUGUGCUACAGGCCUCUCUACGGAACAGAGCUCCCUCUACUCAUGGAGAUACGAUGAGUUUGACAGAGUGAACACCCAGCGUGUGCGUCAGCUAUUCAGUGAUGUGGACGAGCUGCUGUAUGAAGGGAGGGUGAACAGCAGCUCCCUGGGACUGCAGGAGGAGUGUCAGGAGUGGAACGGACACUCCCCACACCUCAGAAUUCUGGGUUAUCAGCUGGAGUCGCCCAAUCAGGAAGGGUUUCAGUACGUACACAGGAGAGUGGUGGCCAGUGGAGGGAGAGGGAAUGCAGUGCUGCCCCCGUGUGUGGACAAGAGGGAGAACUCUGGAGAGUUAUGUGUUGAAGGUCACAGUCURUCCCCAACUCCCUGCACAUUGCAGGGGGCAACCCCUCUCUCCCACUCUCUCUGUGAUCACUCCUCCCUUCUACAAGAAGAGGUCUAUGAGGCAGAGGGAAGGAUGGAGGAAUUUCUUGCCUAUGAUGCCAAAGAUACGGAGGAUGAGUGGGUGGGUCAGAGAGGAGUCUGGGGAUCUGUGGGGAAAGCAGGGAGGUCCGGGGUACCCCCUGUGUCUCCCCACACCUGUAUCAGGGAGGCCGUGGCUGACGAGGCCUUUGAUGACAUGUGGAGGGAGGUGGUGAAUUCUCUGGGGGAGCUCCUCCACAAACACUGGCAGAGACAAAUCACGGGUGGAGCAGGUCAAAGAGGAGUGUUGGAGGCUCUUGGUGGAGUCUUGGGUGAUCCCUCUCCUCACAUCAACAGUAAAUGUCAGCGUGUCCCUCUCUCCAGGGGCUCCAACACACGUAGCAUGCUGCUGUGGUCCAACUGUUGCCCCAGUACACAGGCCUCUCAGGUAUCAAGUACCUUCAAGAUGAAUUUAAACGGUGUUAUGACAAUCCAAGCUAAGCCUCUUCAACAAAGACAACACGGAUUUGCAGAGAAGUCUCAUUGUGAUCUGGAGGACAGACCCAGCAGAGCUCCAGCCCCCACUGUGUCUCCAUCCAGGAGAGCAUGUAGUACGCCCUCCCACAGAGCCCCAGGCCCAGCCCAGCGAGGCCUGCCCCUGCCCAGGCUCCAUAUCUGCUCCAGACCCAGCUCCACCUCCAGAAGUACCAGCUCCAGGGGCAGGGCCAGGAGCUGCCUCAGCCCCAGACACACUGUCCCCAGACACCAGGUCAUCAGAGGAACCAGACUGACCACAGUGACAGAAGGACAGCCGUCCCCAAUCCUCAGUUCAAUACAGAACCAGAGGCUCCUCCCCCUCCUCCAUGCUGACCAAUCAGAGCUGGAGCCCUCCGUGUGUACUGGUGCACCCAUGCAGCUCAGGGGGAGGAUUCUGCAAGGAGGACAUGCCACUGUACCCAUCUCUAUCCUUCCUCCCCUUAGAGAGCCCACUCUGCUGUUGGAGUCCCUGUCUCGUCCCAACACCACACACACACUCCGGUCAGACACACCCAUGAAGCAAUUGUUCACUCCCAUGGAUUUCACCUGCCACAUGAAGACUGGGAAAGGACCUCACCCAGGUGACUAUGCUCUGAUUGGAGUGACAGGCUUUGGCGUGGGUAUCACCUGCUCCGCCUCCAACGGCUUCUCCGAGAGCACCAUGGCAACGAGGAGACGCCAGCGCCCGCCAUCCUCUUCUGUGGAAGGAGAGAGUGGGACCGAACCACUGCUCUUAGGUGUUCCUCAUCAACGUAAAGUGUUUGGUCGGUUUCCUGGUCAUGUGAAGAAGAGACUCCAYGUGGUGUUGUCAUAGCAGCACAGUCCAGACAGGAAGACCAGAAUGCAUCAGGAACACCAACACUUGGAAUUAAUGGGUGUGACUAGAUGAAGUACAGCUACGGUGAGAUUUACCAUUGAACUAACACAAGAGUUUGGACUUACGUUUUGAAGCCAGAUGAUGAGUCGGAGUUGGAGAUCACUUUUCAUUGCUAUGGCGAUAGCUAGCUAGCCUCCCUGACAGUGGCUAUCUAGAGGUAGGACCGCAAUGUGCAGAUAACGGGUGGACAAUAAGGACAAGGUUUUAAUUUGAAAAGACCACAGCAUUUAGCAGGACAAAUCUGCUUGGUUAUAUUGUAUAUCUGCCGUUUUAAUUAGAUACAUUGUAGUUUAUGUGCCAAGAGCCAUUACAGGAUAGGAAAAUGGUGAUUAAAUA